AUGGACAGGCGACAACCUUGUGACGCCUCCUUCACCGGCUCCGGUGCGGAUAAACACAGACGAGUUUCUUUUCCAGUGUGGGACAAUGAGCAAUUCAUGGUCGUCUCAUUCCUUGCCAUCGUUAAGCCGCGGUUUCGCAACGAUCGUGCGACGAAACUUAUUUCUUCACCUGCGGCUCACACGUGCACUUUGUUCGUAGCGAAUUCAUGUCAAGUGAAGUUUGCUUGCUCUGACGAGUUUAGUUCCCUCAACUCGGGUGACCGAAAAUUGCACUACGCGUUGAACGGCCAGUACAGAAACUCGGCUUCGUGCCGAGGACCUUCCGCGGCCACAGUUUUGCGGCCCAUGUCCGAAAUUGCCAUCGAAGACGAAUACGUGCCGACGGAACCGCAUCGACCCGUCUUUCAUCGCCGAGUUAAUUUGCGAUGCUCAACAUACAACGACUGCCAGUUCGUUGGCGUUCAUAACGGUUUCUUGGCGGUUGGGAGUUCCGUAUGUCCAAAAGUUACCGAAGUACUUCCAGCAAAUGUUUCACUCUACGAAACUCCUGAAACCAAUGUCAUGGUAAAAGUGAAUCUUUUACCCCCGCCUGCAGACGGUGGCCUAUAUCAGUGUAUAUUUGAAAGCAGUUACAUACCUGCCGAAUACUUGCCUCCAGACACGCUGCGGUGCCAACUGCCAAAGUACGAAGAAAGACCUAAAAUUCCUGACGCUCAAGAUUCGAUUACAGUGCAACUAAAGGUAUGGUCCGGUCCGACUGGGGUGGUAUUUGUUUCGACGCCGUUCACCUUCUAUGAUUGCGCCCAGCAUGUUCUGUGUACUUCAUGCGUCAGUAGCCGGUGGCAGUGCGAUUGGUGCCUGCACGACAAUCGUUGUGUGCGUGACAACGAAAUAUGCAGCAAUCAGAACGACGAAAACGACAGCGGUGUUCAUCUUCAUACCAAUUCUUGCCCGCACAUAGACCGACAGGAUCUUUUUGAGGUGCUUCUACCGGACAGUUCGCCGACCUCCAUAACAGUGCCGGUUUCUAACCUUGACAAACUGCUAGACAACGAUCGUAAUCAGCUGAUUUGUGCCACAACUAUCGAAGGCUCAGAAAUUCGGGUUCGCGGCUCGCUGUCCAUGGAUGAGAAGAAGAUCAAGUGCGAAGACUAUGCGUACACUUACGACCUGGUCAAGCCGAGCCUUACUACCGAUUUCCAGCUUCGAACCCAGAAGGGCAUCGUGAUUGAUAAAGUCAAAGUGCAAAUUUAUAAGUGCGAGCUGAUGGCCGUGGAUUGUUCUCGCUGCGUUAGCCUCGAAUCUCGUUACGGCUGUGUUUGGUGCGAAGGCAGCUGUCGAUUCAUCAAACUUUGUCACCAUUUCUUACCGAACGCUGUGCAGCGGCAGGAUUCGUCUAUCUGUCCAGCACCGGCUAUUCUGGACGUGGUCCCUUUGUCAGGUCCGUUCGACGGGGGCACUAAAGUACGCAUCACUGGCAGGGAUCUGGGUGUUCGCCAGCGUGACGUCGAGAACCGAGUGUUCAUCGCCGGAGUGCCUUGCCGUUUGGUCGAGUACGUUCUGGCUGAGAAGAUUAUCUGUGUCACCGACCAGGCGUCCGGCGAAAUCUCAGGGCCUGUCGAAGUGAUAUUGGAAAACGGAAAAUCGGGCAUGUCCCGAAAUAACUUCGUCUUCGUUAAUCCGACGCUGACCGGCUUUCACCCGACCAUAGGACCGCAGUCUGGCGGCACCGAGGUGAUCAUCAGCGGCAACAACCUGCUGGACGCAUCCAACAUCGAGGUGUUGCUUGGCGAUGUGCCGUGCUCGAUCCAAAGUGGUGGAAGGUCAUUGUAUUUACGCGGUAGCUACUUGAACGCCAUUCAGAGACCAUUAAUGUACUUCAUUGACGAAAUCGGACAAAUCCAGAGCGAGACUGCGAUAUGCAAAGUGGUCAACGGCAGUUUCAUGAUAUGUCCCAGUCCGCGGCUUAUUCCGAUAGUCGACCGGGUCCGUCGGAGCGACUUCAAGUUAUUGGACUACAUCGAACCGAACGAGCUUGUGACCGGAGAGUUUCAGCUUCCAUUGGACAGUGGCGAUUUCCGACGUUUCGGCAUCGGUUUCAUAAUGGACGGCGUAAAGUCGGUGAAAAACCUUGGCCAGAGCUUGGCAAUCACCGUUGUUCCGGAUCCCGUGUAUCACGGUUUUGACGGACAGCAGAAAAUCUACCGCGAAGGACCGCUGAUCAUUGCAGGCAAGUACUUAAAUCUGGCCAGCUCUAGUAAAGAAGUUAUUGUCACCGUUGGAAGCAAACCGUGUAACGUAACGCUGAUUGUUCCGUCUCAGCUGGUGUGUCACCUGCCUGUCAGAGAGCCUAGGCAAGUAGCUAGUUCCGACGGUACGGAUGACGAAGACUCUGACGAGGGGCUGGUGACUGUCAAGGUUGGCAAUCUGCAGUACAAACUUGGUAGACUGGUUUACGAGUCGCAGCCGGUAUUCACGUCCGUAAGCAUGAGUCUGAUGGGCGGAUUGGUCGGUGGCUUGUGUUCCCUGUUGUUCAUCGGCGUCGUUGCGGUGGCCAUGUGGUGGAGGAGGAAAAGUUGGCAGGCCGAGCGAGACUACAAGCGCAUACAGAUGCAGAUGGACUCGUUGGAGUCGAACGUCCGUCAAGAGUGCAAGGAGGCGUACACUGUGCCACUCGACAGUUCUGUGGAUCACUUUGAGCAGCUUCUGUGGAAUCCCCAUUUUGUACUGAUGUUUGUAACGGCCUUGGAAUCCCAAGCCCGUUUCGCUGCGUCGGACAAGGUUUACGUCGCUUCGCUAAUCACCGUAGUAUUGAUCAGGAAUAUGCAGUACCUGACCGAAGUGGUACUACUCUUAUUGAGACAGCUGAUCGCCAGGUCCGCGAAGGAAAAAUUUCCGCACUUGAUGCUGCGGCGAACCGAGUCGGUGGUGGAGAAGAUGCUGGCGAACUGGAUCGCUCUCUGCCUUUAUGAUUACGUUCAGCAAGGAGCUGCUGGAGGGUCACUGUUCCUGCUGUAUACUGCUCUGAAACACCAAGUAGAGAAAGGCCCGGUGGACGAAUGUACAGCGAACGCCAGAUACUCGUUGUCGGAGGACCGUUUGUUAAAGGAACAGAUCGACUACGAACCUCUUAUGCUAAGGGUGAUACCUCCUUGUGCCGAGACUCACAAUGCUGAGGGGAUGGUCUCGUGCCGCGUGUUGUCUUGCGACUCUAUCAACGAGGUCAAAUCAAAGGUUCUUGACUGCCUUUAUCGCAAUACUCCGUUCAGGUCACGACCGGUCCUUCGCGACGUAGAUUUAGAAUGGCACGACAACGUCAAAGGUUGCGUCAAGUUACAUGAUCAUGACUACUUCAACGCGACGUCCAAAGACAGUUGGUGCAAGCUGAAUACGUUGGGUGAUUACCAUAUCUCGAACGGCGCUGUGAUCGUCGUCAACCUGAAAAAAUCCUCCGGAGGAAUGUGUGGAGGAGAUACGAUGCAUACGUACGCCUCUAUCGACUCUUGCUCUCGCCUGCUGUCUCGGGACUCAUUCAACGAAAGUUACGUACAUGCAUCGAUCUACGGCUACCAGAACUCGGUGGAGAACUUAGAGCGUGGUGUACGUUACUGGCACCUGAGCAAACCGGAUGGCAGUUCGAACUGCCGCGGUUCGCCGUCGCUCAUACCUGAGAUCUACCUGACCAGGCUGCUAAGCACCAAGGGUACGGUGCAGAAAUUCAUCGACGAUUUCUUCUACAACGCGCUGCGGGUCACAGCUGAUUUUCCAGCCCCGGUGAAGUACCUGUUCGACUUCUUCGAGCACGAGUCCGGUCUGCACGACUUCUGCGACGCGUCAGGAGUCGUGCUUGCCUGGAAGAACAACAGUCUGCCGCUACGCUUCUGGGUGAACGUCAUCAAGAACCCGGACUUCGUUUACGACGUCGAGAAGACGCCAACCGUCGAUGCCUGUCUGUCGGUCAUCGCUCAGACGUUCAUGGAUGCCUGUUCGAUGUCCGAACAACGCUUGGGCAAAGACUCACCGUCGAACAAGCUGUUGUUCGCUCGCGACCUGCCCCGCUACCGGGCCGCCUUUUCGCGCUUUUACUCAGGUAUCAAACGCCUACCACCUGUUAGUGAACAGGAACUGAACGCUCAGAUGGCCAAUCUUUCGAGCUUAUUCAGCCCGGAGCUGAACAGCAAGACUGCCGUAUGCGAGCUGCUCACGUACGCCGUGCGCUACAAGGAGGAGGUAAACGCUGAUUUCGUUGAUUUGUCGCUUUGUGAUUCAUGGUGUUGUAUACAGUAG